AUGAACGACCAGUACCACCGGGCGGCCCGGGACGGCUACCUGGAGCUCCUCAAGGAGGCCACCCGGAAGGAGCUGAACGCCCCCGACGAGGAUGGCAUGACCCCCACUCUCUGGGCGGCUUACCACGGCAACCUGGAGUCGCUGCGCCUCAUCGUGAGCCGGGGGGGCGACCCGGACAAGUGUGACAUCUGGGGCAACACGCCCCUGCACCUGGCCGCCUCCAAUGGCCAUCUGCACUGCCUCUCCUUCCUGGUGUCCUUCGGGGCCAACAUCUGGUGCCUGGACAACGACUACCACACCCCGCUGGACAUGGCCGCCAUGAAGGGCCACAUGGAGUGCGUGCGCUACCUGGACUCCAUCGCGGCCAAGCAGAGCAGCCUCAACCCCAAGCUGGUGGGCAAGCUGAAGGACAAGGCCUUCCGCGAGGCGGAGCGGCGCAUCCGCGAGUGCGCCAAGAUGCAGCGCAAGCACCACGAGCGCAUGGAGCGGCGCUACCGGCGCGAGCUGGCCGAGCGCUCCGACACGCUCAGCUUCUCCAGCCUCACGUCCAGCACCCUGAGCCGCCGGCUGCAGCCCCUGGCGCUGGGCAGCCACCUGCCCUACUCGCAGGCCACGCUGCACGGCACCAACAGGGGCAAGACCAAGAUCCAGCGGAAGCUGGAGCGGCGCAAGCAGGGCGGCGAGGGCACCUUCAAGGUCUCCGAGGACGGCCGCAAGAGUGUGCGCUCGCUCUCGGGCUUGCAGCUGGGCAGCGACGUGAUGUUCGUGCGCCAGGGCAACUACGCCAACCCCAAGGAGUGGGGGCGCUCCCCGCUCCGGGACAUGUUCCUCUCCGACGAGGACAGCGUCUCCCGUGCCACGCUGGCCAACGAGCCGGCCCACUCGGAGGUCAGCACCGACUCCGGCCACGACUCCUUGUUCACCCGCCCGGGCCUGGGCACCAUGGUGUUCCGCAGGAACUACCUGAGCAGCGGGCUGCACGGGCUGGGCCGGGAGGAUGUGGACGGCGCGGGCACGCCGCGGGGCCGGCUGCAGAGCUCCCCCAGCCUGGACGACGACAGCCUGGGCAGUGCCAACAGCCUGCAGGAGCGCAGCUGCGGGGAGGAGCUGCCCUGGGACGAGCUGGACUUGGGCCUCGACGAGGACCUGGAGCCCGAGACGAGCCCGCUGGAGACCUUCCUGGCCUCCCUGCACAUGGAGGACUUCGCCUCCCUCCUGCGGCAGGAGAAGAUCGACCUGGAAGCCCUGAUGCUGUGCUCGGACCUCGACCUCCGCAGCAUCAGCGUCCCCCUGGGGUCCCGCAAGAAGAUCAUGGGGGCCGUGCGGAGGCGGAGGCAGGCGCUGGAGCGCCCACCGGCCCUGGAGGACACGGAGCUGUGA